AUGUCGGAAAUGAGCUCCAACCCGCAGCUGCAGCUACAGCUCGACGAGCUGGAUAAGGAACUAGAGGAGGGCGACAUCACACAAAAAGGGUACAACAAGCGCCGAACCCAGCUGCUCUCACAAUUUGGCCCUCUGGGCUUCUCCGACCAUCGCGCCUCCAUAGUAUCACAAACUCCCUCCGCCGACGGUUCCGGCCAGGUCUCUCCUGCUGGCCAUCGUGCUGCCUCCUACGCCGCUCUCAAUGCGACCUCUUCCGCCGGCGGACCCUAUUCCCAGUCGCUGAGCUCAGCGUCCGAAUCCGGCCGACUCUCGUCUCCGAAUCCGUCAGCUCUGCUCGUCCCCGGAGGCCCCAUUGCUGCCCAGCAGGCAGACUACUCCCGCGGCCAUGAUUCGCUCUUCUUUUCCACGCCGCAACCACCGAAUAGCCGGCCGCUGGCACCGCCUGGCACCGCUAGCAGCGAACGUUCCCGGACGACGACCAUGCUGUCGACAGACUAUGCCUUCAACCCGGACCAGCAGCAGUAUGGUGGAUAUGCCGGUUCAGGGGCUGUCGAUCCGCGCCUGCAGAGCCUGCAGAGCAUGCAGAAUCCCUACGACAGUCGCUCCAACACGAUGAUGGAUUCGCAGGCAUACUUUUCCGAUUUUGCCGGCCAGCAGGCCUAUGACCAGGGUCCAGCCGAGUAUGGCGGUGCACAGCGCUAUUCCGGGGCCGGCGAGCCGUUUUUUGGCCAGCGGUAUUCCACCGGCGACGCCUUCUCGCCAACCGCGGCCAUGGCACCGCCCAUGCUGACGACCCGUGACCUGCCCCCUGCCGACGCCCUCGAACACCAGUUGCCCCUGGAGCCGCGGGAGGUACCGUUCGCCAUCGACGACCCCCACGACAGCAAUACGCCCAUGUCUAGGUUUGACAACAUCGCGGCCGUGCUGCGGCACCGCGGCCACAUCAUUGGCAAGAAGCCGGCGUACUGGGUGCUCGACAGCCGCGGCAAAGAAAUCGCGUCCAUCACGUGGGAGAAGCUGGCGUCGCGCGCCGAAAAGGUGGCCCAGGUGAUCCGCGACAAGAGCUCGCUGUACCGCGGCGACCGUGUGGCUCUGGUCUACCGCGAUUCGGAGAUUAUCGAGUUCGCCAUCGCCCUGCUCGGCUGCUUCAUCGCGGGUGUGGUGGCGGUGCCGAUCAACGAGCUGAACGACUACCAGCGACUGAACCUGAUCCUGACCUCGACCCAGGCCCAUCUGGCACUGACGACGGAGAACAACCUCAAGGCCUUCCAGCGCGACAUCACGACGCACAAGUUGACCUGGCCCAAGGGCGUCGAGUGGUGGAAGACCAACGAAUUUGGCAGCUACCACCCGAAGAAGAGAGACGACGAUGCCGCGCCGCUGUCGGUGCCGGACCUGGCUUACAUUGAGUUCUCACGGGCGCCCACGGGCGACCUGCGCGGCGUCGUGCUGAGCCACCGCACCAUCAUGCACCAGCUGGCCUGUCUGAGCGCUGUCGUGUCCACGGUCCCGGGCAACCAGCCGGCCGACACGUUUAACGGCUCGCUGCGCGACAAGAAUGGCCGGCUGAUCGGUGGCGGCGCCAGCAGUGAGAUCGUGCUGUCGUACCUGGAUCCGCGUCAGGGCAUCGGCAUGAUCCUCGGCGUGCUGUUUGCCGUGUAUGGUGGCCACACCGUCGUCUGGAUGGAGCACAAGGCCACCGAGGUGGCCGGUCUGUAUGCCCACCUGAUCUCCAAGUAUCGGGCGACGCUCAUGGUGGCCGAUUAUCCCGGCCUGAAGCGGGCAGUGUACAACUACCAGCAGGACCCGAUGACGACGCGCAACUACAAGAAGGGCAUGGAGCCCAACUUCCAGGCGGUCAAGCUGUGCCUCAUCGAUACGCUGACGGUCGAUCCCGAGUUCCACGAAGUCCUGGCCGAUCGCUGGCUGCGACCACUGCGGAAUCUGCACGCCCGCGAGGUGGUCGCGCCCAUGCUGUGCCUGCCUGAGCACGGCGGCAUGGUGAUCGGCGUGCGCGACUGGCUCGGCGGCGAGGAGCGCAUGGGCUGUCCGCUCAAGCUCGAUGUCGGCGAUGGCGCGAACACGGGCGAGGGGACGGUCGAUGCGAGCCACACAAGCGACGGGGCCGCCUCGACCGACGGUGCCGACCAGCCGGCUAACGGAUUCGACACGCUGCUCGCCGGCGGCGGCACGACCAGCAAGAAGGAGCGGCGGGCCAAGAACGAGCUGAGCGAGGUGCUGCUCGACAGCGAGGCGCUCAAGACGAACGAGGUCGUUGUGCUGGCCGUCGGCGAGGAGGCGCGCAAGCGGCAGAGCGAGACCGGGACGGUGCGCGUGGGAGCCUUCGGCUAUCCCAUCCCCGACGCCACGUUGGCGGUGGUCGACCCGGAGAACUGCCUGCUGUCAUCGCCACACACGGUUGGCGAGAUCUGGGUGGACUCACCUUCGCUCUCGGGCGGCUUCUGGGCGCUGCCCAAACACACGGAGCAGAUCUUCCACGCGCGGCCGUACAAGUUCGAGCCCGGCCACCCGACUCCGACGGCGGUAGAGCCUGAAUUUCUGCGCACCGGUCUUCUCGGCACGAUCAUCGAGGGCAAGAUCUUCGUGCUGGGCCUGUACGAAGACCGGAUCCGGCAAAAGGUCGAGUGGGUGGAGCGCGAUGCCGAGGUGGUCGAGUACCGAUACUUUUUCGUGCAGCACAUUGUCUUCACCAUCAUGCGGUCGGUGCCCAAGAUCUUUGACUGCUCGGCCUUUGACGUGUUUGUCAACGACGAGCACCUGCCGAUCGUGCUGCUGGAGACGUCGGCGGCCUCGACGGCACCGGCGACGCAGGGCGGCCCGCCGCGACAGCUGGACACGGCCCUGCUCGACUCGCUGGCCGAGCGCUGCAUGGACGUGCUGAUGCAGAUACAGAACCUGCGGGUGUACUGCGUGAUGAUCACGGCGCCCAAUGCACUGCCGCGCGUGCUUAAGAACGGCCGGCACGAGAUUGGCAACAUGCUGUGCCGGCGCGAGUUUGAUCUGGGCAACCUGGCGUGUGUGCACGUCAAGUUUGCGGUAGAGCACGCAGUGCUCAACCUGCCGUUUGGCGUGGACCCGAUCGGCGGGAUCUGGUCGGGACUGGCGUCGCACUCGCGGGCGCAGAUUCUGCAGGGCGCCGACAACCAGUACUCAGGCAUCGAUCGGCGCGAGGUGGUGAUGGACGACAAGACGUCGACGCCGCUCAACAACUUCCUCAGCAUCACGGACCUGAUCCAGUGGCGGGUGGCGCGCCAGGCCGAGGAGCUCGCGUACUGUACCAUUGACGGACGUGGUAAAGAGGGCAAGGGCAUCACGUGGAAGAAGUUCGACACGCGGGUGGCAGCCGUAGCGGUGUAUCUGAAGAACAAGGUGAAGCUGCGGGCGGGCGACCAUGCGGUGCUGAUGUACACGCACUCGGAGGACUUUGUGUUUGCGGUGCACGCAUGCUUCAACCUGGGCAUCGUGGUGGUGCCAAUGGCGCCGAUGGACCAGAACCGGCUGUCGGAGGAUGUGCCGGCGUUCCUGCACCUCGUAUCGGAUUAUACGGUCAAGGCGGUGCUGGUGAACCAGGACGUCGACCACCUGCUGAAGAUCAAGGCAGUGUCGCAGCACAUCAAACAGUCGGCGCAGGUGCUCAAGGUGGCGGUGCCAGGCGUGUACAACACGUCGCGGCCGUCGAAACAGAGCAGCGGGAUGCGCGACCUGGGACUGAAGAUGGAUCCGGCCUGGGUACAGCCGGGCUUCCCGGCGCUGAUUUGGACGUACUGGACGCCGGACCAGCGGCGCGUGGCGGUGCAGCUGAGCCACGACACCAUCCUGGGCAUGUGCAAGGUGCAGAAGGAGACGUGUCAGAUGACGAGCUCGCGGCCGGUGCUGGGCUGCGUGCGCAGCACGACCGGACUCGGUUUUGUGCACACGUGUCUGAUGGGCAUCUAUAUUGGCACGCCGACGUAUCUGCUGUCGCCGGUGGAAUUUGCCCAGAGUCCGAUCUCGCUAUUCCUGAUCCUGUCGCGGUACAAGAUCAAGGACACGUAUGCGACGCCGCAGAUGCUGGAUCAUGCCAUGGCCGUGAUGCCGGGCAAGGGCUUCACCAUGCACGAGAUGAAGAACAUGAUGAUUGCGGCUGAGGGCCGGCCGCGCGUGGACGUGUUCCAGCGCGUGCGGCUGCACUUUGCCACGGCCGGUUUGGACCGCACGGCCAUCAACACGGUAUACUCGCACGUGCUGAACCCGAUGAUCGCGUCGCGGUCGUACAUGUGCAUCGAGCCGAUCGAGCUGUGGCUGGACACGAAGGCGCUGCGGCGCGGCUUGGUGCUGCCGGUAGACCCAGAUACGAAUCCACGGGCGCUGUUGGUGCAGGACUCGGGCAUGGUGCCGGUGUCGACGCAGAUUGCCAUUGUCAACCCGGAGAGCCGGUUGCUGUGUCUGGACGGUGAGUAUGGUGAGAUCUGGGUGGACUCGGAGGCAUGUGUCAAGGCGUUUUACCGCUCGCGCGACGCCUUUGACGCGGACCGGUUCGAUGGCCGGACAGCCGAUGGUGACCCGACAAUCCAGUAUGUGCGCACCGGUGACAUGGGCUUCUUGCAUAGCGUCAGCCGGCCGAUCGGGCCGAGCGGCGCAUUGGUCGACAUGCAGGUGCUGUUUGUGCUGGGCAGCAUUGGCGAGACAUUUGAGAUCAACGGGCUCAGUCACUUUCCCAUGGAUAUUGAGAACUCGGUCGAGCGUUGCCACCGCAGUAUUGUGCCCGGAGGAUGUGCUGUGUUCCAGGCUGGAGGACUGUUGGUUGUGCUCGUCGAGGUGGCACGCAAGUCGUACCUGGCAUCGAUGGUGCCGGUGAUUGUCAACGCCAUCCUCAACGAGCACCAGGUGGUGGCAGAUAUUGUGGCGUUUGUCAACCGCGGCGACUUCCCGCGGUCGAGACUGGGCGAGAAGCAGCGCGGCAAGAUCCUGGCCAACUGGGUGUCGCGCAAGAUGCGGACGAUGGCGCAGUUUGCGAUCAAGGACGGAGACGCUUCGGAACACGACGCAUCAGGCGGCGGGCUGGAAGCACACCGGACGAGUAUCAACAGCGUGCGCAGCUCGGGCGGCGGGAUUGCGAGCGUGCGGAACCUGGACAUGACGCCAUCGACGCCGACGCCACCGCAGAUCCUAGAACAGCGCGAGCUAGAGCAGCAGCAUGAGCAUGGUGGCGGCCAGAAUGGUCGUCGCGUCAGCAGCGGCUACUAUGGAGGAGGUUAUGCAGCGGGCGGUGCGAUUGAGAUGCCGGCAGACGAGGUGGCGUAUGGCACGCAGUAUGGCGACGGUGGCGAUGAAGACAGCAACGAUGGCAGCCGGCGGACUCCGACACAAGCCCGCAUGGACUCGCUAGGUGGUGGCAGCAGCUUUGAGCGGCCGCCGACGGUUGGAUCGAGUGGUGGUGGUAGUGGUGGUGGUGGGUGGCAGCUGCCGCCGCAGAUCAUGCUGCCCGGCGUGGACGGACGGCCGACGACGAGUGAAGAAUGGCGAAUGGGCGGUCCCUUGGGUAGCCGGUCGAGUGAGGCCGAAGGGGACUGGGCGCAUGAGGCGAUUAUGGGGAUGAAUCUGGCAGACGACCUGAACGGGAAGAUGUGA